AUGGAACACGAAGGAUGGCACACCAACACUUUCAUCCUUCCUUUUGCUGCAUUUUCUCCUCUUCUUUCAAUCAUUUACCUGGAAGAUAUGUCUUCCUUGGGUUCUUUAUCUGUUAUUGCACAAAGCUUUUUGAUUAUUGCAUCACGCAAGCAUUACAUUGUUGACGUUGUUGUAGCAUGGUACACCGUCAAUCUUGUAGUCUUCUUCAUUGAUAAAACAUUACCAGAACUGCCUGAUCGCACUAGUGCCUUGUUGCUUCCAGUGACUAAGGAUAGAAAGUCCAAAGAAGAGAAUCACAAACUGCUGAAUGGAAAUUCGGGAGAUCCUGCCGAAUGGAUAUAG